AAUCCAAUAUGGCAAAAUUUGUAACUUUUUUCAUCAUGUAAUGGAUCAGAUGUAUAAUUUUUUUAACAUAAGUUGAAAUGGAGUUGUUUACGAUAGAGCGUUAUGAAGGGGAUUCAUUUUCAACAGAAGAAAACACUGAUCAAGAAUCUCAACAUCUUGCACAACUGAUUGAACAAGCACGUGGAAGAAAACGUUCAAGAGAAAAGUCAAAUUUGUAUAAACGAGAGGAUGAAUGUACGAAGAAAACUGGUUCACUAAUAGACGACGCCUCGCCAAAAGUGGCUAAAAACAGAAAAUUAGAACGUAACGCUUGUACUAAACUCCCUAAAAGCAAAGAACAGUUUAUUGAAAAGGAUAAUAAUAAUAGAACGUGUGAUCACUGUGAUGCGUUUGAAAAGGAAGAGGAAACUUUCCCAGAUGUUGAGUCAGCUGGCAACAACUGUUCGAAUACAGACAAAUAUUUUCAUGAUGGAAAAGAUCUUGAUCACUCAAAAAACACUGACAAAGAGGAUCUCAGUGAUAAGACUGAAACAGAGAAGACACAUGUACUAAGUGAAAGUAAAGAGCCUCAAAUUGAAAUGACAGUCAUCGGCGGAGAAAGCAAAAAGAAAUCACCAAAAACUGUGCGGAGAGCCUUACCUAAAUGGCUUGCUAAUCCUUCUUUUUUUUCCUGUGAUGUGAAUAAAAAUCUCCAGCCAGUAACAGAUAUUAAUGGGCUUCAUUCAGCAUUAAUUCAGAAACUUCAUAAACAAGGUGUUGAACAUUUUUUCCCAGUUCAAGUAUCAGUAAUUCCUGCAGUUCUAUCAUCUUGGGAGAGGGACAGUCCUUAUGGAAGGGGCGGUUUUAUGCCACAGGAUAUUUGUGUGUGUGCCCCAACAGGAAGUGGCAAAACAUUAACAUAUGUGUUGCCAGUUAUUGAACUACUCAGAAAAAAUGUCCUGCAAAGACUUGAGGCUUUAGUGAUUGUUCCUACCAAGGAUUUGGGAACUCAAGUUUGGAAUGUUUUUAACAUGUAUGCUCAGAGCACUGGACUCAGUGUCGGUCUUGCUAAUGGUCUUAAAAGUUUACAAAAAGAGAAAGAGCUACUUGGUUCAAAUAGUUGUCUUGGUUACUCAAGUAAUGUGAACAUACUGGUGGCCACUCCUGGAAGACUGGUUGAGCAUAUUUCCAAUACAGAUGGCUUCUCUUUGCGAUUUCUAAGAUUCUUUAUCAUUGAUGAAGCUGACAGACUCUUGGCCGAACCAUACUUUGGCUGGCUUGACAAAGUCUAUGGUUCUGUUUACUCGACUGGAAAUACGCAAGGACUAAGGUCAUCUUCGGGUAUAUUAACGCCAUUGAAGACUGAACGGAUUCAGCGACCGCUUCAGAAAUUGUUGUUCUCGGCCACGCUUACACAGAACCCUGAGAAACUUGCUCUUCUUCGACUUUACAUGCCCAGGUUUUUCACUGUGGCGAAGUCUGAAAGUAGCGAUGUUGGAACCGAGGAGAUUAAUAACGAUGAAGAUAAAGCGUUCGAUACGCAUUUGAGAACACCGUUCACUUUAGAAGAGUCAAUGUACAUUUGCAACCGCGGCGGGAAGCCUCUGGUUUUGUUACAUCUGCUGACUGAGCAACAAUUGGACGGUGUUCUUUGUUUCACUUCGUCGAUUGAAUCGACACAUAGGCUUUACCUUUUGAUCAAACAUUUUGGAGAAAUUGGAGUGCAAGAAUUUUCCUCCAACCUGACGGCAGCGCGAAGGCAGACCAUACUGAAUGACUUCAAAUGUGGACAAACGCAAAUCAUCAUUUGUUCCGAUGCCAUGGCGCGUGGUCUGGAUGUCCCUGCCGUAAAGUACGUUGUCAGUUAUGAUCCUCCUGUAUCAUCUAAGACCUACGUUCAUCGUGUUGGCCGAACAGCUCGGGCCGGGAAAACUGGAACUGCGAUAACACUUUUACACGAUAAUGAGGUAUUCCAUUUCAAGAAAAUGUUAAAGUCACUGAAGAAAGGUAAAAUAGGUAAGCACUCUGUAAAAGAUCAUGAUCUUGAGUGUUUAAUGGACAAAUACGAGGCCGCUUUGGAACAACUGAAGACAGAAGUUACAUCUUCGAAAGGGCAGACAAAACGCUUGCGUAGAUAAUUUUGAAUGCGCUCGUAUCAAUAUGCUUCCUGGGGAACAAAUCUAAAAUUUUACUAAUUUAUCUGAAUGAUAAAGAAGUAUCGGAAAAUAUGAAUUAUUCACAAAAACUAUGAAUGUUAUACUUGAACCUUUACCACGUGCAACUGUCUUUGAUAUUCUUCCACCUCGUGACUCCAACGAAGAUUUUUAGAAAGUAACGAAAAAAUAUGAAAUAUUGUUUCAAAAAUAAUUUAAAUGAUAAUAUGUAAAAUAUUCUGAGCCUCCAUUGCAUGCCUGUUCGAGCUGUCUUCAUUUGAAUUAUGCUUAGUAAAAUGCUUUCAUGCAUGUCCAUGCAUGGGACUGUGCAAGAGAGAUUUCUUAGAGAUUCUUGUUUACAGAGUAAAGCAACAACUUUACUAGAGGCAUUCACAAAACGGCUGGCUAGUGGAAGUGGAUAAGAACUAACAAUUCUUUAUCUUGUUCUGUUAAUCCUGGUAUA